UCACAUGGCUCCAUCUGUGAAUCCAGUAGCCAAUCUCUCCCUCUAUCCUCUGCAACUCAUUUCCAAAAUAAGUCCUCUUCUACCGGUAAUACAAAUCCUCAUCAAUCUUUAAGAAAUUCUACAACUUUAUAAUUCAAUUCUCUCUCACUUUUUCUUUCUUUUUUUUCCAUCUCCAUCACCUCAUUAUUUGCAUUCUACUUCCAACAAUCACAUUCCGACUUUAUACAUCUUUUUACAUUCCACCCAGAUCUUGGGUCUUUGACUACCAAAACCCAAACAACCCAUUACAAUUCUCAUGAAAUGGAACAUAAACACAUGCUCAUACUAGUCCUCGGACUAAUCUCUGCAUCAGUCACAUCAAUUCUGUGCUUCAUGAUCUGUGUUUGUCGACGAAGAAGGUCCCCGAAAGAGGACGAGUCCAGUGACAUAGAAGCUAGCCUAGAGUUUAAAGAAAGGGACGAUGAGUUUGGUAUGGAAGAGUUGAUCAAGUUUGGCGGCGGCGAGAAUCUGGGCAUAUAUGACAUAUUGGAAGCUCCUGGGGAAGUGAUUGGGAAAUCUGGUUAUGGGACAUUGUACAGAGCGAGUUUGGUGAGGAUUGAUGGGGUUGGAUUGCUCCGGUUCUUGAGGCCGGCGUGUACCGGGAGGAUGAGGGAAGUGGUGGGAGUGAUAGAGUUGUUGGGGUCCGUCAGACACCCCAAUUUGGUGCCUCUUGUUGCUUUUUAUGCUGGGCCCAGGGGGGAGAAGCUGCUGGUUCAUCCCUUUUAUGGCUGCGGCACUUUGGCUCAAUUCAUUAGAGAUGGAAAUGAAAAUGCUCACAAAUGGACCAUCAUUCAAAGGAUCUCAAUUGGUAUUGUUCAAGGAAUAGAUUAUCUUCACACAGGAAUGGAAAAACCCAUCCUUCAUGGAAAUCUCAAGUCGAAGAACAUAUUAUUGGAUCGGAAUUACCAACCGCACGUUUCAGAUUUCGGACUAUAUCUGCUCCUGAAUCCCACUGCAGGGCAAGAAAUGCUUGAAGCUUCUUCAGCUCAGGGAUACAAAGCUCCCGAGUUGAUCAAAAUGAAGGAUGUGAGUGAAGAGACUGAUAUAUACAGCCUUGGGGUGAUUUUACUUGAAAUCCUAACAGGGAAGGAUCCAGUCAGUGAGAAACCAACAGCUCCUCAGGAUUUUUACUUGCCAAACUUCAUGCGGAAAGCGAUUCUUGAUCAUCGAAUUAUGGAUCUUUACCAUCCGGAGAUCGUUCUUGGCCAUGAAAGCCCGGUUAUUGAAGAGCGUAUUCUCAAAUUCGCGCAGCUUGCCUUGGCUUGUUGCUCUCCUUCGCCUUCUCUUAGGCCUGACAUAAAGCAAGUUCUUAGGAAGCUUGAAGAAAUUGGAGAGUAAGGGCCUGUUUGUUUUGGUUUUCUGAUAACAGCUUUCUGUUUUCGGUUAACAAUACUAAAUUUUGUUUCGUUGAUAGUUUCAAAAAAGGUAUGCUUUAUAGUUAUCUGAAAACAGAAUUUUUAGAAACAAUUUUCAAAAAACUGAACCAAACAGGCCCUAAGAAAUCUUUUUUAUUUUUAUUUUUAUUUUUAUUUUUUUGCAGAAAAUGAGCUUGAUGUUGAUGAGAAACUGGCACAUAUACAAAUAUAAAGUUAAUACAAUUGAUAGCAUAACAUUUGCCGGGAAAAUUGUCAUAUGUGGAUGACCCUUACAGCAAGCAAUUGACCAUUUCAGGCUACCCAACAAAGGUUGUAGAUUUCUUGACAUUGAUGUUUAUGGCUAAAGUCCUUUUAAAGAGAUACACUUGAGAGUUUUGAAGCAGAAAAUGUUGAAAAUUCCAGCUAUAUACAACAAGGAUUGCUGAGUUGCUGAUUGGAACUCUUGAAUAUAGAAUUUCCCAUGUGCAGAUAAUUGUGGAUCAAUUGGGUGGGUCCCAUCUGCAAUAGAUAUAUAUAUAUAUAUAUAUAUAUAUAUAUAUAUAUAUAUAUUGUGGUUGAGUCAUUUGUGGCAUGAUUGUGGUAGAGAUCAGUGGAUGACCCAUUCAAUUCAAUGGGUGUGUUCUUCUAGUUACUUGUCAAUUUGGUACUUUAAUUGCAAGUUGUGUUCGACAAAAUUUGAAGAAUGCAUUUCAGAGUGAGAAAUAGGAGGAGGGUGGGGAUAUUUACUUCUAUUGCUCAAUGAUGACAUGCUCCACAAAUGCCAUUAACUUUAGAGAGACGGAGAGGCUAAAGACUAAAGAGCCCCUCGUGACAAUUUAUAUAUUAUUUUCCUCAAGUGGAGUUUAAAGACUAUAGUGUGAUGAUUAGUUCACAGUUUUGUAUAGAAUAAUAAUGCAACUCUUUCCAUUCUGGAGUUCUUUCCUCUUGGAGACUAACAGCAAAUGUCAUUGUUCUGAAAUGGUUUUCAGUUUUGUUACUAUCAAUAAAGUCAAUGUUGGUGGUGA